UGCCCCGCCCCCCGCGGUGGCCUGCUGCUUGCCCGCCCCUCUCUCCCUCGCUGCCGCCACCUGCUUCCCGCACUGGACAUGGCUGGCAAGGCACACAGGCUGAGCACUGAGGAGCGGGACCAGCUGCUGCCAAACCUGAGGGCUGUAGGGUGGAAUGAAGUGGAAGGCCGAGAUGCUAUCUUCAAGCAGUUCCAUUUUAAAGACUUCAACAGGGCUUUUGGCUUCAUGACAAGAGUCGCCCUGCAGGCUGAAAAGCUGGACCACCAUCCUGAGUGGUUUAACGUGUACAACAAGGUCCAUAUCACCUUGAGCACCCAUGAAUGUGCCGGUCUUUCAGAACGGGAUAUAAACCUGGCCAGCUUCAUCGAACAAGUCGCCGUGUCUAUGACAUAGAUCUACCCUGUCUCUUAUUUCCUUGAGGGAAGGAGUGACUGGAGGAGGAACCUAAGAAGGGAACCAAGGAGGCUGGCCCUUGCUCCCUGACUUUCAGUGAACACCACCUCCCUAUGCAGAAGGGAUGUCAAUGUCAACAGCAAUGUCAACCUUUCCCCGUGCCACUCUCCUCACUGGGGCACUGCCAUGUUACACUAAUUUGAAAAAACUCUCCCUUUUUCUGUAGAGUUCCCAGCCUCAGUAAUGUUCCAGGCUGCUUCUUGUUCCUUUUCUACCCUUUUUAGUUCAUUUUCCAAGGUAGCUGUGAUAAAGCAUGACAUAAAAGUCCAUUUCAGAUCCGACUACUAAAACAAUCUCCACUGUAUUAUGGAAACAUGUGCUUUUAUGCCUCCAAUAAAACUAUGUUAUCGAUGGG